AUGGCCUAUCAAGCAGGACCUGUGUACCCUUGUAACCCUUACACCGCUCGUUCGGAGAGCACAAAGCUAGCUGUUGACCCCAAGGGCGAGAAGCUGGUAUACACCAACGGCAGGUGUGUGGUGAUCAGAGACCUCAACCAUACAAAUCUAUCUCACGUCUACACCCAACACACUCAAACGGCUACGGUAGCUCGAAUCAGUCCUUCGGGAUACUAUUGUGCCAGUGCGGACAUUGGAGGAAGUGUGCGUAUAUGGGAUGUCACUCAACCGGAGAAUGUGCUCAAGCUGGCCGCUCGUCCAUUAGGGGGUAAAAUAAACGAUCUCGCUUGGGACGGGGAGAGUAAGCGUAUAGUUGUAGGUGGUGAGGGGAAAGACAAAUUCGGAGCCGCUUUCUUGAUCGACUCUGGCUCCUCGUGUGGGGAAAUCACUGGGCAUUCCAAGCCCAUCAAUGCAGUCUCUAUCAGACAUCAAAGGCCAUUCCGAGCUGUUUCUGGAUCAGACGACACCUCGGUCAUCCUCCAUACUGGCGCGCCAUUCAAAUAUGACAAAAUCCUCUCUUCACACAACCGUUUUGUCCGCGAUGUUGCGUUUUCACCAAAUGGAAACUCCUUCGCUUCUGUCGCAUCCGACGGGCGGCUGCUCUUUUACGAGGGACAGUCGGGAGAGAGUCAAGGGAGUGUAGGGAAUGAAGGAGGUAGUAGUCUGAUGGCCUGUUCUUGGAGUCCAGACUCGGACAAGAUCGCCACAGCUGGCGCUGACGGUGUCGUGACCAUAUGGAAUGUGGAGACUCAGAAAUCCUCGCAGACUUACUCUGUCGGGACAGACGUUUUCUCCCAGCAAAACGGGGUUGUGUACGCCUCGAACGCCACCGUAGUCUCUUUAUCUCUCUCUGGAGUUUUAACAAUCUUCGAUACCCGUGAAUCGUCCGGUGCCAAGUGGCGGAGUCUUCAUGGUCCCACUAAAGCGGUCACCGCCUCAACUAUCACGGCCUCAUCCGAGAAAGAAAAGACCUUCUACGCCGGCUCUUUUGAUGGUUCUAUCAAGCGAUUCUCCGUUGGCUCGGGAUAUGGUGACGAGCAAGGGGCGUGUAGCCCUGUCGAGGGUGCAGGUCAUGGUGCGAGAGUAGCAGCGAUGAGUUCUGAAACCGGCAAAAUCUGGACGACAGGAUGGGACGAUAAAGUGACGUGCAUCGAAGAUCAGAAGUUCUCCUCAACCUCCUUGUCUACCAAAGCUCAGCCAGCAGGUCUAGCUGCUACACCGAAUGGUGUAUAUGUGGCCUCUGCAGCAGGUCUGGAGAUUCAUCCCACCGGCCAUGCGACCUCAGUGCACGCUGGUGCGACUACCGCUGUAGCUGCCUAUCCAGGACCCAACGGGGACCUUGUGGCCUUCGGCUCCGAAAGUAAGAAGGUUGUCCUCGCUUCCAUAACAGAUGGAGCGGUGAAAGUGCAAGCCGAGUUCGAAGACAAUAAAGGGGAAAUCUUGAGUUUGGCGUUCUCCAAAGACGGUACACUACUCGCUGCUGGUGACACGAAAGGACGAAUAAUACUCGUCGACGUAGUCAAUAAAACAGUAGUAGUGGGAAGUAAAUGGACGUUUCAUACGGGUCGUGUCACUUCACUCGAGUUCUCCGAAGACGGGAAGCGACUGGUUUCUGGUGGACUGGAUGAAGCGAUCUACGUGUGGGAAGUUGAGAAACCUCCAAAGAACCUCGCGAUGAAGAACUCUCACCCCGGUGGGGUGAGCGGUGUUUCAUGGCUCGAGGGAAAUAGUAAGCUCGUUAGUAGUGGACAGGACGGCUGUGUGAGAACAUGGAUUAUCCCCAGGGCUUAG